UGGACUUGGGAGGAGUGUUAGGUGUAAUGACGACAAUAAUGUCCAAAUUUGUUGCAACCUCUGCUUUUCGUUCUUAAUCUGUUCAAUUGCAUACUUGGAUAAAUUUCUUUCUUUGCGGAGGUUACAAUCAUGGCUGAGUCCGGACCCGAAACCGGCGUCGUUUCGAGUCGGCCGGCCGUUGUGGUAGCGGAUUUUGAGGUUUCAAAGAAACCUAGGAUGAACAAGUUUGCUUUUGCUUGUGCUGUACUUGCUUCCUUAACUUCCAUGUUACUCGGUUAUGAUAUAGGAGUGAUGAGUGGAGCUAUAAUGUUCAUAAAAGAGGACUUGAAAAUCAGCGACGUUCAGAUUGAAAUCCUCGUCGGUGUACUCAGCUUGUAUUGCCUAAUCGGUUCGAUUGUCGCCGGAAAAAUCGCCGAUGUAAUUGGUCGUAGAUAUACCAUAGCGUUGGCUAAUAUCAUUAUCUUCGUCGGAUCUCUCCUCAUGGGUUUCUCGAUCAAUUACGCUUUGCUUAUGUUCGGUCGAUUCGUCACCGGUAUUGGCGUCGGCUUUGCCCUUAUGAGUGCUGUUCUUUAUACUGCCGAAAUUUCCCCUGCUUCUUCUCGAGGAUUUCUCACCUCAUUCCCUGAGGUGUGUAUUAAUAGCGGGAUAUUAUUGGGUUACAUUUUGAACUAUGCAUUUUCAAAGCUACCGUUAAACAUCGGGUGGCGGUUGAUGCUCGGCGCCGGAGCUAUCCCGUCAAUUCUCUUGGCUUUUUCCGUUUUAGCAAUGCCAGAGUCACCGCGUUGGUUGGUUAUGCAAGGUCGACUUGAUGAAGCCAAGAUUGUGCUUGAAAAAACCCUCGAAACCAAAGAGGAAGCUCAACUUCGACUCAAUGACAUUAAAGAAGCUGCCGGAUUCCCCCCAGGUUUCACCGCCGACGGCAUCGUCCAAAAGCCAACCCACGGAGAAGGGGUGUGGAAAGAAUUACUAUUGCACCCGACACCCGCCGUUAGACACAUCUUAAUUUGCGCCGUCGGCAUCCAUUUCUUCCAACAAUCAUCCGGUGUAGCCUCUGUCGUUGUAUAUAGUCCGAGGAUUUUUGAAAAAGCAGGGAUCACAUCAUCGGACGGUAAGCUGCUUGCCACCAUAGCCAUCGGAUUUUGCAAGACGGUCUUCGUCCUGGUGGCGACGGUUUUACUUGAUAGAAUCGGACGCCGCGUUUUGCUCCUGAGCAGCGUCGGAGGCAUGGUGGGGUCCCUGCUGACGCUGGCGUUCUCCCUGACGAUCAUCAACAGAUCGGAGGAGAAACUAACGUGGGCAAUCGUGUUGUGCAUGAUUAUGGUUUUAGCUUUCGUUUCGUUUUUUGCAAUCGGGAUGGGGCCGAUAACCGGCGUUUACGUAUCAGAGAUCUUCCCGUUGAGGCUACGCGCUCAAGGGGUGAGCUUAGGAGUGGCGGUGAACAGGGUGAUCAGUGGGGUCAUCUCCAUGACCUUUAUUUCAUUGUACAAUGCGAUCACCAUCGGAGGCGCCUUUUUCUUGUUCGCCGGCUUCGCCGCCGUUGGAUGGAUGUUUUUCUACGUGUGUCUGCCGGAGACACGUGGAAAAACACUGGAGGAAAUCGAAGGGCUUUUUGGUAAAUUGGUAUGUUGGAGGGAGGCUUCUAAGGAGAUGAAGGAAGGUGAACCAUGAAGGAAUUAAUUCUUCAAUUUGCUACGGAAGGCAAUAUCUCAUAAUAAAUUUCCCCUUACAUUCCAUGUUUGUACAUUUUUAUUUAUUAAAAUAAAAAAAAUUAAGUUCUGAUUCC